AAGUAUUAUCUCUCCGGACAAAAGGUUUAUAAAUCUGGGCCAUUUCUAAGAUCGUAGACUCGUUCCCGUUCUUCCUUUAGCGUGAACACCUAACAACAUAAAUAAGAUGACUAUGAAAUUGUUGACUUUGAUUUUGGCAAUGGCCGUUCUUUCUCAGGCGGCAGAAAUUCCGAGAAAUCUACGUCCCAGGUCGGAACUCUUUCCUCGUGCUCCAGUACCUCAAGGACCGGGUCACAUUGUCGUGACGGAACCGGCUGCACCUGUCGACAUGCGCGGCUUCUGCGGUCAGCGGAAAUUCGAUUCCAGCCGGAUCGUUGGCGGAGUAGAAGCCGUUCCACAUGAAUUUCCCUGGCAAGUGGCCGUUACCAUCGAUGCCGGAAGCUUUUGCGGAGGCACACUCAUUUCUCCCGAUUGGGUCAUGACCGCCGCUCAUUGCGCCGAUGGAGCACGUCGAUUCAGUCUCUUGUUGGGCGCUCACGAUAGGACUGUAGCGGAAGCAUCGCAAUUAACUAUCGAAACAACAGAAUACGCCACUCAUCCGAACUGGAAUCCUUCCACCCUGGCCAAUGACAUCGCUCUAAUCCGCUUACCAACACCCGUCACUUUCACUCCUGAAAUCGCACCUCUUUGCAUCGCACCGAGCACUGAACCUGAUCAUGUUGGGGAUACUCUGCUGGUCAGCGGAUGGGGCAAAACAGCUGACGGCGCUUUUCAGAGCAUAUCUCCCAUCCUCAUGAAAGUCACUGCUCCGGGAAUCACGACGGCUGAAUGCGCUGCUUCGUACGGUGACAUCAUUACUGACAAUAUCCUGUGUAUUGACACUACCGGUGGACACGGAUCGUGCAACGGCGAUUCGGGAGGACCACUCAGCUUCGAUAACAACGGUGUAUACAAUCAGGUCGGCAUCGUUAGCUUCGGUUCUAGUGCCGGUUGCACGCGAGGUUUACCCGCCGGAUUUACACGCGUCUCCAGCUACGCAGAAUGGAUCACCCUAGUUACUGGUUUGGUUAUUUAAUCAACUAUUCGUUCAUUUUUUCUUGCAUUAUUAUUAUUUUUUUUUUUCAUAAAAAAAGACAUUUCCCAAGACCUCAUUUCACCAUUUAUGAAAUGGGGGCCAUCAGUUAAUUCAUUGUGUUUCAAAGAUGUCUGCCAAAAGUCAAAAUGCCAAAAUAUCGUAAAAAAAAAAUCUAAUAAAUUUGAUGCUGGUAUGUGUCCCAAACAAAUUA